AUGGGAAAACAUCCUGAACAUUCUAUUGAUGAUGAAGAAGUAGAAGAAGAAGAAUUAGAUGAAACAGAAUUUAUUGUUGAAAAAAUUCUUGAUCGAAAAGUUGUCAAUGGUGAAGUUUAUUAUUUUUUAAAAUGGAAAGGUUUCGAUGAUUCUGAAAAUACAUGGGAACCUGAAAUGAAUCUUGAUUGUCCAGAAUUAAUUGCUGAUUUUCAUAAACGAUCUAGUACUCAAUUAAAAAAACCUUCAAAUGAAACAACAAUUGAAAGUAAUACAACAACAACAACAACAACAAAUAACAAUACUAAUAAUAAUAUUAAUAAUAAUAAUAAUAAUAAUACUUCAAAUAAACGAAGAUCCCGUGAUAGUACUGAUCAACAACAACAAGAAUCUUCGAAUACAACAAAAAAAUCCAAACGUACAAGUGAUUUUGGUUAUGGACGUGGACUUGAAAUUGAAAAAAUUCUUGGAGCAACUGAUGUCUAUGGUGAAUUAAUGUUUUUAAUCAAAUGGCAAUUAACAGAAAAACCCGAAUUAGUACCCGCUAGAAUCGCUAAUGUUAAAAGUCCUCAACAUGUCAUUCGUUUUUAUGAAGAUCGUUUAACAUGGGCUAAUACAGAUGAAAAUACAUCAAUUCAUCAAGAAAAACAGUAG